GUUGUCCACAAUCACAUCAGGCCUCAUGACAGACCCAUUCUCUCUUGAUGAAGUGGACAAUGACAGUGAUGACCCCUUACCCCUUAUCAACAUUGCCACAGGAGUGGUAAUGCCACAAGAUGUUACAAGACGCCUACUGAGCUGCUAUGAGUUAGGCACAGCACAGAUGACAACAUUUGUGGAG